AUGGAAGAUGGAAGUGAGGAAAAAAGAAAAGACAGAGUCACCUUUUGGGGUCUUUUCUUACUUCCUCUCUUUCUCUUUUCGUCCUGUCUAGGGGGUUGGCCGACGAUGAAGUUGAAACUGCUUUCCUCCUUUCUUUCGUCUCGGUGUAGCAGCAUUCUCUUUAUUUCCCAAAAUUCAACGUUUCUAUCGCAUUCCACGCGCUUGCGUUUGGUUGUCCGUUCGAGGUUCGAAGAGGGACUUUUCUUCCGCAUAGCCAACCAAAACUUUUGCUUUCAUAACAAACGGGGCCAUCUAUUCCAUUCGAAGGUUAAUUCUCUUUCUCGUAUUUUGAAAAACACGUCCAUUCGGCCUUUAGUUCUCAUGUACUUUUCGCAAACACGUGCACCCGGCCCUAAAGCUUGGACACGACUAACUUUUUCGUUUCACUAUUCGUUUCCUUUUUUCUUGUCACGUGGUCAAUUUUUAAAUAUGAACUUUUUCCCCAUUGUGGGCGAAAUGAGGUCAUUGCCCCCUCUCUCAUCUGCAGACAAAGUUCAGCUUAGUGUUUCAAAUUUUCCUAUCCGUGUGAAUCAUUCUGUCAACACGUUGACCAAAAGAGUAAGAAAGGGUACAUUCUGGUUAAUCUUUGUCCCCACUAACUCUAUCUAUCACUUUGGUCUUACUAUCUUUACGUUUCUGCAAGUACUGAGCUCUUUAUUUUAG